UAACAUUAAUUUUAAAUGUUGAAUCUAAAUCUGAAUGUUUUAUCUAAUUGUUAAAUGUAAAUAAUACAUCUAAAUCUACAUGUGAAAUAAAAAGAGUAAAUGAAAUCUAAGUGUUAAGUGCUAAAUCUAAAUGUUAAAUCUAAAUCUAAAUUUUCAAUGUAAAUUCUAAAUCUAAAUGUGUCUGGUGAAACUAAAUAUUUAGCUAAUAUGCUAAUUCAAACUGUCAGUCAGCAGAAGUACAAAAAUAAAAGUUUCAUGAGGAGAACCAUUGCUGGCAAACCUCCUGAUGUGUUUAGUUUUUUAUGCAUUGAGUAUUAUGAUUUUUUACUUUUUAUUAUUUAUUACCUCAUUUUUAAUAUCAAUUUAUUUUUAUAUGGUUUAUCUCACAAGGCACUUAUCUUAAUCUACCAUAUCUUACUUUGACUCCACCCAACACAGAAUGAAAAACCAGUGAUACUGAUUUUUCACUAUUUUCAAUCCUAUAAUUCCUAUUAUUUAAAUAAAUCUAGAGAUAAUCUUUCAAUAACUAUGGCUGACCUAAUUUGCCAAACUCAGAAACUAACCUACAAACUCAUCUCCUUUCUCUCCUGCACAGUAGCACCAGGUUGUGUUUCUGGAGUAACCCCUCCCAUUGCUCCUCCCAUGGCAUUGUCCUGUGUUUGGGUGUUUCACUGAAACCUGAGGUGACUGCACCAGCAGGUUUGAUCAGAACACCAGGGCAUGGCGGUUUGAAAGCCACAGCUCUCUCACACCAACACUGACAUGGACAACUGGAGCAGAGGACCCAAGAUUGCUUACAAGCGGUGGAACAAUCCUGAACUGAGGGAUGAGGCUAAUUUACAGGGUCGCAGCGACGAGGACCAGGGCACAGACUAUGACAUCUGCACAAUCGCCUCAGCAAGAGCCGACUUGGCAAGAAGAACAUCUGCAUCCGGAUCUGAAUUUGAUAAAACUGAGGUAACCUUUACAGUCGAUGAUGCACUGGACGCCAUCGGCUUUGGAAAGUUCCAGUGGAAAAUGUCUGCGCUCACAGGACUGUCAUGGAUAGCAGACGCCAUGGAGAUGAUGAUCCUCAGUAUAUUGAGCCCCCAGCUGCACUGUGAGUGGAGGCUGCCCGGCUAUCAGGUGGCUCUCAUAACAUCGGUGGUGUUUAUCGGAAUGGGGUUCGGUUCACCUGCAUGGGGGAAUUUUUCCGACACAUACGGCAGAAAAGCAGGUCUGACUAUUUGUAUGUGCUGGGCUCUGUUUUACGGCCUGCUGAGUGCCUUUGCUCCACUGUACGGCUGGCUCUUGGUCUUGCGGGGGCUAGUAGGCGUUGGCAUUGGAGGAGCUCCUCAGUCGGUGACGCUGUACUCAGAAUUCCUCCCAGUGAAGACAAGAGGCACCUGCGUCAUGCUGAUUGCGGGAUUCUGGGCCAUUGGAUCCGUGUUCGAAGUCCUCCUGGCAUUGGUGGUAAUGCCCACUCUGGGCUGGAGGUGGCUGCUCGGCUUUUCAACUAUACCAAUGGCAAUCUUUGUUUGCUUCUGCUUCUGGCUGCCUGAAAGUGUUCGCUAUCAUGUGCUGACGGGACAAAUGGAGAAGGCCAUGGCAACUUUAAGACGCAUCGCUAAAGAGAAUGGCAAAGCCAUGCCUGAAGGAAGAAUCACCACCUAUAGACAGAAUAACCGUGGACGGAUCAAAGAUCUCUUCACUCCUCAGUAUAGGCGGACUACUCUUCUUCUGUGGUUUAUAUGGUUUGCAAAUGCCUUCUCCUAUUACGGCAUAAUUCUGUUGACAACUGAGCUGUUCCAAGCUGGACAUUCAUGUGCGGUGACGCAAGGGGCCAAGACUGAACCCAGCUGUAGUCUGGAAUGCAAAUAUUUGACAUCAGGUGACUACAAAGACCUUUUAUGGACGACCUUGGCUGAAUUCCCAGGUGUUUUACUCAUCAUUGUGGCAAUUGAGCGCAUUGGCAGAAAGAAGAGCCUGGCUCUGUGUUUCUUCAUGUUUUCUUUGUUCAUUCUGACAUUAUAUGCUUGUAUGAAUAGGGUAGCUGUUACAAUCUGCAUCUUCAUUGGCAGAGCCUUUAUCUCCGGAGGAUUCCAAGUUGCUUUUGUUUACACACCAGAGGUGUACCCCACAGAAACCAGAGCCUUAGCAAUGGGGACUUCAAGUGCCGCAGCCAGGUUGGGUGCCUUGAUCACCCCCUUUAUCGCACAGGUGUUGCUCAGGAAGUCAGUGUAUGGGACCCUGUCGUUGUACUGUGGAUUUAGUCUUCUGGGUGGUGUUGCAUCCUUGUUCCUGCCCAUUGAGACGUUGGGCAGGGGUCUGCAGGAGUCCAGUCUUGAUCAGGAGGCCGGAGAGACGACCACCACCACCACAGCCAGCCAGCCAAAUGGUACAUCAAAGUCCUCAGACCAGACGCAGAUCAACCAUGGAGAAUAAAAAAAAAUGGACAAGAUGUUUUGUCGACUGGCAGGGUGCUGCAGAUUCCUCUGUUGCCUGUUUAACUGUGGAUUGAAUCCUGUGAGCGAUGAGGGGUGAAGAACAACAGGGGACAGUCUCAUUACAGGCGGGUGAUAAUUGAGGGUAGGCCUACUUCCCAUGUCUAAUGAGAGCGGAAGCACACUUGCGCUCGGACUGGUUUGUUUACCCUCUCUUCCAUCGAGGCCAUGAGAAGCAAAAGAGGCACAUUAUGGACAGUGAUGAUUCACGAUACAGCCGCUGCUUAGAGCUGCACAUUUUUUAAAGCCUCGGCCUCAACAGACAGACAUUUGUUUUGUACAUUUUGGAUUAAAAAUGAUUUAUUGUAUUUAUUUAUAUGUAAAACCAGAUGCCUUUUGAUAAUUAAAG